GAUAGAUAUGUUUCGUACGCACAAGCUCGCAAAAAUUAAAGGCAGAAGAAUCCUGCUUCGUUCGGCAGUCACUGUUACUCAAUUUGACAGACUCAAAACUAACUUCACAAAACACGCACACAACACGAACAUUACACAUAGAUAGAUAGAUCCGAGAGAGACGUUUUGGAAGAGAAAUAGUGUAACAAUUAGAAACUCUUACGCAAUAGAAAGGAAACAUGUUUGUGAGUUAUUAGGGGGUUGGACUCUAACCACCGUUACUCUAUUUCUCUCUUAUUACGGACCCUCAAACAUUGACAUUUCUCCAUCCAUGUAACCUCUCAAGAGACAAUACCCCUUUCACCAUCCCUACUCUCUAUCUUGUGAACCAUAAACGUCCCACGUACAUCAAAUGCUCUAAGUAUUAUCAGAAUUAUGCAGCACCAUUGCAUGGUUCUAUAUUAGCCGUCCAUGUGUUGACAAGUCAAGAAGUCACUUAAGCUAGUAGAGCCUUGAGCUGCUUAGAUCCAACACAUCUCUAGGAAAACUCAAGCGAUCUGAUUCUGGAUACAAGCAUUUCUGCACAUCAUACUGAAACUAUAUUAUAGAAUAUCCAAUGCAUGAAUCAUUGACCAGGAUCACCCUUUCUCCAAGAAGAUUUAGACCCAUUCCUGAACCCUAUCCUUCAUAUCUCCUCUAUAUUUCUGCACUUAUUGUCUUGUGGGGUCUCCCAUGAACUUCAAGAACUCUGACACCAUUUUUGUAAUACUUUUAAAAUUUGAAGAUGAACCAUUUAUGAUCAAAAAUAACAGAACCGCAUGAUUGAAUAAAGUACUGUACCAUUUAAAAGUCGACUGACAUGUUCAAACAUUUAAUGAGGAGCUUUGAUAUACUUCUACUUCGGCAUGUAUAUAUGUAUAUAUAAACCCGUUCUCCACCUUGUACUCUCAUCCCAAUACACAUUUUCUCAUCACAACAUUACAUCCAUCAAAUCUAUAUCUUGUUCAUCAAUCAUCUCCUCCUACUAAAAUGAAGACCAAGUUCAUCAAGUCCUGCGAAAAGAAACUAAAGAAGAUGACAGUCUCAACACCUUGUAAGUUUUGCGAAAGAAUUUGCUUGGCGUUCAAGAGGGAAGCUGAGGUGAUACCAAAAGAUGUCCCUAAGGGACACUUGGUUGUCUAUGUAGGUGAGGAGUCCGUGAGGUUUGUGAUUAAGAUCAGCUUACUUGCACACCCACUCUUCAAGGCACUGCUGGAUCAAGCACAGGAUGCUUAUGGUUUCAGUGCAGACGCCAGACUAUGGAUUCCAUGCGAUGUGAGCACCUUCCUCGAUGUUGUCCGUUGUGCUGGUUCUCCACAGUAUCAGAACAGUUGUAUGUGUAUCUAGGAAGGUUCUUCAAGGAACUCAAGGCAUUCUUUUAUUUAUCCAGAGGGGGCCAUGUUUCCAAAGAGUGUUGGUUAAUGCUAAGCUAUUGCAGUACACUAAUAAUGCAAAACUUUUUGAAUUGAUAUGUUAUCAGCUAGGCAAGCUGUAAACACGAUUAAAAUUAUGUAUCAUUACUUCUCCAGCUCCAUAAAUAUACAUGAAGCCAUUAACGCAAGAAUAGAAGGCAUUAAUCCAUGAAAAUUACUAGAGAAACAUACAAACCAAGUAACUGAAACCAUAUAUACAGCUCUUUAACAAAUGUUAUCUGUGGUGAGGGCAGAGAAAGAGAGAACAUAAUAGUUUGCUUCUCACACAUCUCAAGACCAAAAUUAGAUAUUAUGACCAAGAGUUUAGUCUUUCAUACGAAGCUAGACUAAUGAAUAGAACAAGGAGACUCUAGCAUUGGCCAUGAAAUCCAAAUCAUAGCAACCAAUGUUCCACAUUGCACCAAUCCAAAGAAUGCAUUAACAUGUUAGUAUUGACAAAAAGAAGAUCAAAAUGGCUACUAGAUGAUAGGUACACUUAAACCCAAGCGUUACAUCCAAAGGGUUAGGAUCUAUUAACCAUUCCCAAAAUGACCACCUUCAUGGUUUUGAUAGAAGCAAGAUAUACACAACGGACAUUCUUGUUCAAAUGAGUAGUUGUAUCGUACUUCCUUCACACGUAAUCCUAUGUGCUUACAUACAUCAAAUGGAUGGCAUUCAUAUCAAUCAACUGUACUGUGACUCUAAAACCAAAGGAACCUAGUCAUUGUCAUCUCAACCCAUUGAUCAAAUUCUACAUUUCUCUUCUCCCAAACCUUCUACCUUCUACCUUUUACCUGCGCAUCUUUACACCUAGCUGCUAAGUAAAACACUAACCAAGCCGCCAUGAAGUAAACUUCCAAAGCAGACUGGAUCACAGUAGCAAAACUUCUCCCCCCACAACUCGAAUCAGAACCCAUCUGAACAAAGAAUCGCCUCUAGACACUUAUUAAGCUGCACAGCCUGAUGCAACAGAAGAGACACCACGUACCAAACCUUCCUUCACAAUCUCCCUCGAAUACUCCACGGUGGCAUAACAGCGAAAGGCAUCAGCUUUAACCUCACAAAGGGCCUGAAACUCUCAAAGUCCUUGUCUUCGGACAGAUUAAUUCUACUUUUGUCUGAAUGUAUCGAUGUUCUAAUCAACUCUGAUGGGCCAUAUGGGCUUUUAAUUGGGCCUUAGCAACUGAGAAGUUUGAUGUCGAAUCACUCCUAAUAUUUCAUCUCCAUGCAUAUUUUUUUGUUGGAAAAGCUUGGAGGACUAAUCAUCAAAAUGUAAUUGAUUGUCUUCCAAGUUCCAAAUAACAACCUUAUUGUUCAACGUAAACUUGUACCAGAAAUUAAAAGUGAAAUGGGAGACAAACUCACUCUAUUCAACUUACUAGAAAAGUCAACUAUGAUGGAUCAGCACUAUCUUUAAUUUGGUUGUAAAAAGUUGCAAGAGACUGCUAUUGGUGGACCAUUAGACCUAACAUUCAAACAAAAAGUUUCAGUUAUGUUUUACCUUAUUCUGAUGCAAUGUCAGAUGAUCAGACCUAAAAUGGUAUGGAUUUCUUUUAAUUUUUGAGUUUGCUUCCGUUUCGUAUCAGUUAGUUUGUAGUAGUCAGAUGGAAUAGCUCACUUACUGGACUGAUUCUUCCAUAUUAGCCACAGUCUUCUGAGAGUGGAGUCUUAUUAGUGGAAUAUUUUCCAGUCUUAUAAAAAUGAAAUGCAAAUUCUGUGUGUAACCUUUAAAACGGAAUAUUGAUCAUUACACUUU